AUGGGAAAAGGGGAUCAAAUUUCACAACCAGCUGGAAUGCUGUUGCUGACUCUAAAAUUCCUUGGAUGCAAGCAAGCCAUUUCACAGCUUGGUGACUGUACAAACAUGUCAGAAAAUAUCUUAUAUGACAUCAUUGUCAAAACAUUUGUGAUCAUGAGCUUCGUUUUCUGCAUUGUUGUACUGGGUGGCCAGGAUCUGUUGAUGAUUCAGCAGUGUUUUUUGGACUGUGAUCUUUAUAGUGAUGCAAGCAAGAAUGUUGACACUUAUUUUCCUAAUGGUGCAUACCUAGUUGGGGAUGAAAGCUUUCCACUGACCGAUUGGUUGAUAAAACCAUUUGAUGAAGAUAACACCCUGACAGUUUCCCAACAACAUUUCAACACAGCAUGUCAAGAAGUGAUGAAGCACAGCACAGCAGCAUACACACUUCUGCUGCAACGCUUUCCUCGUCUAGACUAUGUAGAUGUCAGAGACAUGCAAACCAUGGUUGUUGUGAUUCUUGUCUGCUGUGCUUUGCACAAUUUCUGCUUAGACUGUGGAGACAAACAGCCAUUUUCAGAUGCAGUUGUGACAGUUAGAAAUAUUAACACACCGCCAGCAUCAGGAAUGCCAAAGAGAACUGCUUUAGGGGAGGAAAGGCAGCAGAUUCUGCAGAAGUUAUUUAUAUUGCAUUCUUAA